GGAGUGAGAGAGACGCAAUUCCUGGCAACGGAGAGGCUUUAACUAGUUCUUCUGGGGUUUUAUCCGCGGAAGUCUAGGGGAAAAGAACCGUUGAUCAUAAGAGGCUUAAAAGGGACAGUCCCUGUUAAUCUUAUGGUGAAAAGAUCUUUCAUGGCAGAGUAGCUAAUAAUAUCGCUCAUAUACUCAGCCGCUCACUCUUAAGAAGUAAAUAUUCCCCUUUCCUUCCCCCACCCCUACCUCGCAUUUCCCGAUUUGCAGCUCUCCGCCCAUUAGGCUGCCUUCAAGUCUGCGGUGCAAAAGUUUCAAGCCGCUUAGAGCCAUGGGGAAUGGGAUGAACAAGAUUCUUCCUGGCUUAUUCCUUGGAAAUUUUAAAGAUGCUCGUGACGGUGAACAACUGAAACGGAACAACAUUACACACAUUCUUUCAAUCCAUGAUAGUGCUAGGCCUAUGCUUGAGGGAGUGAAGUAUCUCUGCAUCCCGGCUGCUGAUUCACCCUCACAGAAUUUAGCCAGACACUUUAAAGAAAGUAUUGAAUUUAUCCAUGAGUGCCGGCUUAGAGGUGACAGCUGUCUUGUCCACUGCCUUGCUGGAGUUUCUAGAAGUGCCACAUUGGUGGUGGCUUACAUCAUGACCAUCACUGAUUUUGGCUGGGAGGAUGCAUUGUCUGUUGUGCGUGCAUCAAGAUCAUGUGCCAAUCCUAACACUGGCUUCCAGCGGCAGCUAGAGGAGUUCGAGAAAAAUGAUGUUGCUCAUUUCAGAGAGUGGCUCAGAGCAGAGUACAGCGAAAACCCUUUGCGAGAUGAACAAGAGGCCAAGGAUCUCCUGCAGAAGUACAAAGCCCACGCAGCAGCUGCACAACUGAAUCCUUCAGGAAGGCAGUGGGAUAACUUUUCAUCAGUAGGUUCCUUGUCAAUGACUGCUCCUCAGUAGGGGCAACUAAUGAGUCAUUCCAUCUAUGAAAACACAAAUCUGUACACUCAAAAAAAUUGCAUUCACUGGGCAGGGCAACUUGCUCUCACUUUCUCCUAUAGCUACACGGGGGAAAAAUGACUUGCUGAUUGUAUGUGAUCACUCCAGACUGGGACGUCUCAUUUCUCUGAGGAGCAGGUCUCCAGAAUCCUUCCUUUGGUAGCAUGUUAGUGUCAGACACGCAGCUAACAUUGUUACGUUGUGCAAGUAUCAGGGCCAUUCUUUCUCUUCCUUAGCACUUUACCCUUUCACAGCCAUCCACUGGAUGGAUGAAGAGCAUGCCAGUUUCUACUAGUAGAGAUGCCAAAUCUUUUUCUAGGUCUCCCUGUUCUUCAGGCUGACCUGUAUAUCCAGGAUUUUGCACAACUGCACUUUUUGUCAAAGUUUCUGACUCUGUGUUUGAAAUUCACUGUUCUAAAGAUGGGAAAUAGGCAGGCCAAGGAAACCUUGUGCUCAGUUGGCGUUCUGUGCCUGGUUUCACUGCAGCAAUUCCCACUGCCCAGAACAGAGACACGGCUAUGCAAUAUAGAAGGUAGCCAGUCUCUUCAGCAGAGUGAAAUUCUGCAGCCCAGUCCAAAAUCAAAGCUCUGGCUUUGCAUAUUCUUACCUCCUGCUUGAGUAUCCCUCUUUUGGAUUCCAACUGAAGUGAAUAUGCAGUUCAUAAAGUUGUAUAUUUUAACUGUGUUCUAAUGUAAAGCAAAAGUAUUAACAGGUAAUUUUGUCAGCAUCUGUUAUUCUGGCGUUAGUCUCCCAAUAGUUCGCUUGAAUUAUUUCUGAUGGGAGGAGUCUGAAAGUAUAUUGCAGAUGUAUAUAUUUAAAGAUUAUAUUGGCGUUAUAAUGGAUAUUGUACUAUCAUAAAAAUUACUUGUCCUCACUUCUGCCAGUACUACUGAACAAAGUUUCCUUGAAUAUUAAUAGACUUGAGGAAGCAUCACUUUUGCUUGCCUUUUCGAAUGGGGUAUAUUCGAUAUAAGCUGCAUAUCUUUUGAUAAAUAAAAAAAUCAAUGUUGUUAUGUUGUAUUUUUCUUCA